GUAUAAAAAGACGCAGAGCGACUCAGGAACCUGCCCAACGGAUAGCCUUUGGUUAAUUGUAAAGCGAAAAGGAGGGGGACGUUUGGCACCAGCGCUCCUCUGUGCGUAAAGACGCCUGAUGCUUGGAGAGACGCAGAUUCGGGCUCACCGCGCGCAAACGCCCACAUCCUUAAGUCGGCUCUGCUUUCUUUAGGUUAAUGAAAGUUGGCUAGGAGGGGGACGGCAGAGGAGAUGAUAUCUGACCAGGAUGAGUCGGAAAGGUGAACUUAAGUAAGCAAAAGUGCGCGUCAACCACCUGUUAUAAAUCAGCGCGAAAUGGGCAUGCUUAGUGUGGACCUCCUGGUAACUUUGCAGAUCUUGCCUGGUUUCUUCUCCAACUGCCUGUUUUUCGUGCUGUAUGAUUCGAUAGUGCUGGUAAAGCGUGUGGUGUCACUCCUGAGCUGUUCGGGCUCCACGGGUGAGUGGCAGCGCAUGUUAACCACAGCCGGCGUGCGCUCCAUAUGGAACAGCUUUCUGCUGGAUGCCUACAAACAGGUGAAGCUGGGCGAAGCUGCUCCAAACUCCAAGGUGGUGAAGGUCCCUGGCAUCAACAGACGCUGGAGCGUCGGCGGUAAGACUCGCAACGAGUGCCAUCUGCUGGACUUUGAGUCUCCCGACCGCCCGUUAGUGGUCAACUUCGGCUCGGCCACUUGACCCCCCUUUAUAAGCCAGCUGCCGAUUUUCCGGCGGAUGGUGGAGGAAUUUUCAGACGUGGCAGACUUCCUGCUUGUCUACAUCGAUGAGGCUCACCCCUCGGAUGGCUGGGCAGCUCCUCCCAUGGAGAACUUUUCGUUUGAAGUGAGGAAACACCGUAAUCUGGAGGAGAGGAUGUUCGCCGCCCGGAAACUUCUGGAGCAUUUCUCUUUGCCUCCUCAGUGCCAAUUGGUGGCAGACUGCAUGGACAACAACGCCAACGUAGCCUACGGCGUGGCCUACGAGCGGGUCUGCAUCGUACAGAAGAAUAAAAUCGCUUACCUCGGGGGUAAGGGUCCAUUUUUCUACAACCUUAAAGAUAUUCGGCACUGGCUCGAGAAGAGCUACGGCAAGCGAUAAUUUCUUUAAAAAAGAGGUCAAAUAGCCUUUCUGUGAAUGCUAGAAGAUUUUAUUUUUGUACAAUGCAGAGAAAUCGAGGGUAAGGUGCUUUUCGAACUGUUUAACGGUGGCUCCGGUGGAAACACUUGGGCUGGGCUCCAAGUCAUUUUCUUGAAUUGUCUAAAAUGAUCAGCAGGUGUCCUACAUUCCUAACCACUCAAAAAAAAGAAGAAGAAUGAAAUGAAUAUAGACUCUAAAUACUGACCGUGUGGUUUGCACUUCAAUUUCGAGAUUGCAUUGUUGCCAGCAAAAUGAUUUGUAGAUGCACUAUUAAUAACUUGUUCCUUUGCGAUUAACGUAGAGUUAAACUGUGCAAUAUUUUUAUGCGACAUAACAUAUAUUGCUUACAAAAGAAAACCAAAUUGCUGAACAGAAGAGAAAGCACAAGUACCCAUCUUUUAUAUGAAAAGAGAAUAAUUUAUUUUUAUUGACAUUCAAUGUUUAUUUUUAAUAUGUGGCCUGUUUAUGCACUUGUAAUGCUUUCCCUUCCCGUCUUCAACUGACAAUCGUUCAUAUUCCAUGUACCAUCAGCUUUUACAUCCCUGAUACACUGAUCAGUUCAUUUGCAUCAAUAAUAAAAGCAUUCCCAGCAUACGAAAACUACUAACUCAUUCGGCCCGUAUUGUCCUUAACAAUCGCAAAACUGCUCUUGGUAAACCGGAAAAAUAAAUGGCCUCAGCCACCUGACUUGGCUUCGCUGCAGUGUACAGGAAAGCUGAUGAAAAGUUCUUUUACUCCUGAAUGUUAGAGAAAUGUUUUUGAAUGUCGUCGACGGAUUGGCAGUCGCUCAUUUGGGUCAAUACAGCGCUGGUGUGCGCAUGAAAAUCACAGACGAAAUGGUCCCCUGUCCUGUCUGUGGUUGGAUGAGAGACCACACCUCUCUGUCCUGAUCCAAAUGAGCCCAACUGCUAACAUGCUGAAACAAUCACUCUUAAUCUCAAUCACUCUGAAGGCUUUGAGUUUUGUUUCACAGAACUGUUCUCAUGUACUACAACGUCCUCUUCCUUUUAAUGAGAAAAAGGCAAGAAAAAAUAAAGUUGAACUGCUGCUGACUGA